GUCAACAUGGCUGGCCCAUUGGAAGGAAUCCUUGGGCAACUGUUGGUUCCUGACAAUGAUGCUAUUCAACAGGCCACCCGGCAACUCAAACAAGCUUUCAAGAAACCGUCUGUAUUACUGGAUCUGUGUCAGAUAUUGGGGUCUUCACAGAACCCGGAGGUUCGAAAUUAUGCAGCUAUUCUUGUGAGGCGAAAGAUUCAGAAACACAAACAAUGGCAGCGCCUGUCCCCAGAUGUAUCUCAGGGUAUCAGAGAUAAUAUCCUGCUAAUUCUGCCUAAAGAGAAAGAAAAGAAUGUACGGAAUGGAAUUGCUCAGAUCAUUGGAACGAUUGCAAAGCAUGACCUUCCACAGAACAAGUGGCCUCAACUGUUACACUUCCUACAGGAAACCACACACAGUGCAGAUACCCAGAAUAGAGAGGUUGGCCUGUACCUUCUUCACAGAGUGGCCAUGGUGGCCGGGGAGCAGCUCAAACCUCACCUGGUCUCCCUCAUGACUCUCCUUUCUCAGUGUCUCGAGGACAGGAACAACCCUCUGGUUUCUUACUAUGCAGUUUUAACAAUGACUGAGCUUGUUUUUAUGGCUGGGGAUGAUGAAGGAAAGUAUUUCCAGGCUGUGGUUCCCAAAGUUUUAUCAGUCAUACAGUUUUUAAUUCAGCAUGAUGAGGAACUCGCUUGUGAAGUGUUUGAGUUCUUGGAUGAGAUGUUGGACUGUGACAUAGCUGUACUAUCCCUUCAUGUGAAGACUGUGGUGGAGUUUUGUAUGCAGGUUGGAGCAAAUUCUGACUUAGGAGAUCCUGUCAGAGUUAGAGCUCUUUCUUUUGUGGGCUCUCUAGUCAGAACGAAGAAAAAGACUUUCCUGAAGCACAAGCUCGUCAUCCCAGUGCUUCAUGUCCUGUUCCCAGUUAUGUGUGCUUGUGAGGACGAUGAUGAUGAGACUGAGCUUAAUGAGAGCGAAACCCACACCCCCUCAGCCUACGCAGGACAGGUUAUUGAUACAAUGGCCCUUCAUCUGCCUCCAGAGAGAGUCAUCCCUCAUGUGAUGGUGCUGGUAGAACCUGCCUUGUCCCAUCAGAAGUGGCAGCACAGGAAAGCAGCAUACCUAGCCAUGGCGGUGAUAACGGAGGGCUGUGCUGAUUACAUUGCCACAAAACAUUUGAAUGACGUUUUACAAUGUGUGUACAAAGGUCUAAAUGACAGUGAUCAUCGUGUUAAGAAUGCUGCUCUUUUUACCCUGGGUCAGUUCUCUGAGUACCUUCAGCCGCAGAUAAGCAAGUAUGCAUCAGAGAUACUUCCCCUGAUCUACGGUAACAUCAGCCAGGCAGUGCAGGAGGAGGCGACAAACCCAACUGGGAUCGGCAAAUGUUACUACGCACUGGAGAUGUUCUGUGAGAAUCUAGGGAAGCGUAUUUUACCCUACCUGCCCACCUUGAUGGACCACCUUCUGUCUGUCCUGAGAUCCAACGUUAAACCCAGCAUGAGGGAGCUAGCUAUCAGUGCUAUUGGAGCAGCAGCUAACGCAGCCAAGGAAGGCAUGCAGCCUUACUUCCUGCAGGUACUGGCAGAACUAAAGGUGUUCCUCUCUAAACCAGAGACAGAGGAUAUGCUGAAGUUACAGGUGCAGGCCAUAGACACAUUGGCUGUGUUAGCACGGACUGUAGGUGCCAGUGCCUUCCUGCCUUUGUCCAGAGAAUGUGUACAGAUGGGGCUCAACUUGAUAGAGAACGUCAAUGACCCAGAUCUACGCAGAUGUGUGUAUGGCCUGUUUGCUGCCCUGUCCACCCUUCUCAAAGCUGAUGUGGCAGAAUUUCUCCCACAGAUGGUCCAUUUGAUGACCGAGUCCAUUAUGUCUGUGGAGGGAGUACAGGCCCAUUUAGCAGAUGAAAAGAAGAAGAUAGAUAACUUGUUGAAUGACACAGAAGUGAGUGAUAGUGAAGAUAUAGCCGAAGAGAGUGAAGAGGAAGAAGAGGACCUCAAAGGGGUGUCAGUAGAGAAUGCAUACCUCGAUGAAAAGGAAGACGCCUGUAGCUCAUUGGGAGAGUUAGCGGCUAAUGCAGGGCCAGCGUUUAUGCCGUACAUGGAGAAGAGCUUUGCCCAGUUGUUGCGCAUGCUCUCUUACCCAGCUUCCAAUGUGAGGAAGGGCGCUGUGAUGGGAGUGGGGUCUCUCUGCACGUGCCUGGCUAAUGAGUAUCACCAAACCAAAUCGGAGGAAACAGGAACAGCCCUAAAGACCAUGACAAGCACAGUAAUACCCAAACUGCUGGAGAUCAUAGAGACAGAGCCAGAAAGGAUCGUGGUCAUGACAGCGUUUGAGACUCUAGAGGAGAUCAUAGACAAGGCCAAACUGGUGUGCCUGGAGGUGGAGGGCACCGUGGAAGCUAUUCUAACUGUCAUCAAGAAGAUCUUCUCACACAAGACAUCGUGUCAGGAUGGAGAUGAGGGCGAUGAUGCUGACCAGGAGGCCGAGUACGACGGAAUGCUCAUCGAGUGCGCCGGCGACAUUCUCCCAGCCAUGGCGCGCGUCAUGGGAGGACAGAACUUCCUCCCUAUCCUCUCAAAUUUCCUUCCAGACCUCCUCAGGAAACUGAGAGAGACGAGCUCUGUACCGGAGAGGUCCUUUGCGAUCGGGACGCUGGCUGAAACUGUGGAGGCAUGUGGCUCAGCGUCGUCCAGUCUUGUCGACGUCCUGUAUCCAGUCUUCAUGAAAGGGCUUCGGGACGAGGAUGAGGAAGUGCGCAGCAAUGCGGCUUAUGCAGUCGGCAUCCUCGUCUCCAAUGGAGGCCACAAUCUACAUCCCCAUUACCCUGAAGUCCUCAAAACUCUGUUUGAUGUGCUCGGCAAGGAGAGUAAUGGACGAGUCAUUGAUAACAUCUGUGCAGCCGCCUGUCGCCUCGUCUCAGUCAAUAGUGGUGCAGUGCCUCUUGAUCAGGUUAUUCCCGUCAUAGUACAGUGUUUACCUCUGAAGGAAGACUACGAUGAGCAGGCUACAGUAUUCAGGUGUUUGACACAGAUGUAUACAUCUGGAAAUCAACAGUUGAUCCAGUAUGUACCCCAGCUAUUAAAAGUGGUAUCCCAAGUCCUAGGGACCAUUGAGGUGAAUGAAGAGUCAGAAGAGGUGCUGGCAGAGUUUGUGAGAGCCGUGGAGAAGCAGUUCCCAGCUGAAGUCCAAAGUCUCAAAGCUGGACUCUCCCAGGAAAACAGAGCCAAACUAGAGGCUGCCACCAAAAUGAGCUGAUAAAGAAUUAGGUUAGAGUUUUAUUACAACAGGUGAAAUGUUUGUUACAUUCUCAUGCUGAUGAUAAAUGUGGUGGUCUAAAGCAGUUGGAAUUGACAGGAUUGAAAUUGUGCUGCUAAGUGUUUAAACAUGUGAUAUUUCUUUCUUUUAAUCUUAUUUUAUUUUUAUUUUUUUUAAUUUUAAAGUUAUAGAUUUAUGUUUAAUGAGGGCAUUUGAAGGCUAAUUGCAUGCCACUAACAUUUUACCUGUAAUUGCAGAAUAUUGCUUUCCUGUUAUUGAUCUGCGCAAUAAACUUUUUUUUUCGCGGAGAUACUGUGAGGUAUCCUGUUUUAUUUUCUUUUUUUUUUCAGCAUUUUUUUUUUCAUUUAGUAGCUGGACUGAACAGUUCCUUACUUUGAAAGUUUUCACAAAAUGACAAAAAUAAUAAGUACUUGCCUCAUUUAUGCUACUUGUUCUUCCCAGUAUGAGUUUGUUAUACAGGUUCCUGUAUUUGCUAUUAUAAUGCCAAAAUUCCAAGAUCCCUGUACCGGGUAUAUGUGAUGAAGACAUUGAGGCACGUGCAACUGGUAACAUGCAUUAUAAAAAAAAAAUUAAACAAUUUUAUUGAUAUUAAGAUUAAUAGUAACUUUAUGUUGAUGAGUUCUGUAUCUCCAGAAAAUUAGCUGACUGAAUAAUUUCAAAUUCACUCUCAUUCUCUCUGUUGUGUGAAAGGGAUGUUCAUCUUCAAAACUAAUGGGGAGAAUGAUAAAAAUGGCUUACACCUUUAACUUUAACCCAAGACGAAAAGCCUCCUGGGCCUACUUUCACAAAAGUUAGUAAAUCGGUUUUUCGUACCUUAUGUCACAUGCAUAUAUUCUGCUGCCUUAAGACAUUCUAAUCUGGACAGCUUGUGUAAAAAAGUUUUGUGAAAGUGGCUCCUGGCCUUUUGUUGGCUGCUGUAUCUCCUGGAAGUGGAUUCAGUGCCAGCAGAUUUUCUGUGGUCAGCUAGUUUCCGUAAUGAUCUGAAAUACCCUCUACUUACCCGCAGUACUACAGAAUAUCUCUCGUAAAAUGAUAUGGUUACAAGAAAAUCUGUUGUCAUUUGCUGACGUUGUGGAAUUCUUGAAUACUUCAACCAGAAAUGUUGAGCUCCCAAUAAAAUAGCUUUAUGUUCACGUAUUUUCACCACAGUGCCUUCAUGUCUUGUGAAUUCUAAAUGAGAUUUGUUAAAGCGGCCUGGUUUGUCAGAAGAAUGCAAAGUCAGAAGUGUCAGGGAGUAGGUAGUAGAUCAGUGGUGUGGUGCAUGACCACCAACCACGGGCACACCAGGUGUUGCUUCAAUUGUGUCACUGGACGGACAAUUGCUAGAUCCCAGGAUUUCUGUUGUUCCAAGGCUCUUGGUGACAACAGUGGACGGGGCUCGUGCGGAUGCUUGUACAACAUCAGCAAUAUGUAGUCACACCCGGAGAAGGUGCAUCAGUAACGCU